GGCGGGGUCACGGUCCCUCCCAUCAUGGCCGCCUCCAUGUGCGACGUGUUCGCCUUUUGUGCUGAACAGGAGCCGGCGCGUCGGACAGUGGAGAUUCGCUUUGUCAGCAGCGGGAAGGGGAAAGGUCUGUUCGCUAUUCGGACCAUACGGAAAGGGGAGACGAUAUUCCAGGAAAAGCCGCUGGUAUCGUCCCAGUUCCAGUGGAAUGCGCUGUACCGGUAUCGGGCUUGUGAUCACUGCCUGCGCUCCCUCGAGACCGCCGAGGAGAAUGCCCAGAGACUGUCUGGAAAUGCCCACGUGCUCCUCCCAUACCCAGAGCUCUGCACGGUCCGAAAUGGACUGCACCAGCAAUGCCCGCGAUGCCAGGUGACGUACUGCAGUGCCGAGUGUCUCAAAGCCGCUGCGGAGCAGUACCACCAAAUCCUCUGCCUUGGGACCUCCAGGGAUAACCCGGCACAUCCCCUCAAUAAACUGGAGGAGGCCUGGAGAAAUAUGCAUUACCCUCCUGAGACUGCCAGUAUCAUGCUCAUGGCACGGAUGGUGGGCACUAUUAAACAGGCCCAGGAUAAGGACUGGUGGCUGCACCUUUUCUCCCAGUUCUGUAACAAGACGGCCAAUGAGGAGGAGGAGAUUGUCCAUAAGCUGCUGGGAGAGAAGUUUAAGGGGCAACUUGAUCAGCUGCGGCGACUUUUCGUGGACGCCCUGUAUGAGGAGCGUAUGAGUCGGUGGUUCACUCCAGAAGGUUUCCGCUCUCUCUUUGCGCUGGUUGGAACUAAUGGGCAGGGGAUUGGCACAAGCUCUCUGAGCCAAUGGGUUCAUGCCUGUGACGCUCUAGAGCUCCCACCUCGGGACAGGGAAAAGCUGGACGCUCUCAUAGACCAACUGUACAAGGACAUAGAGAAAGUGACGGGGGAGUUUCUAAACUGCGAGGGAUCUGGGCUGUACCUGCUGCAGAGCUGCUGUAACCAUAGCUGUGUGCCAAACGCAGAGGCAUCUUUUCCAGACAACAACUUUAUCCUCCAUCUCACUGCCUUGGAAGACAUCCAGCCUGGAGAGGAAAUCUGCAUUAGUUAUUUAGACUGUUGCCAGAGGGACCGCAGCCGACACAGCCGCCAAAAGAUUCUCAGGGAGAACUACCUAUUCAUGUGUUCCUGCCCCAAGUGCCUAGCACAAGCUGAUGAGCCCGACAUCACAUCCGAGGAAGAAGAAGAGGAGGAGGAGGAUGACGCUGAGCUGGAAGGGGAACCAGAGGAUGCAGAGCUGGAGGAUGAGAUGACGGACGUGUGAAAUGAGAACUUUGUCUCCGUCCCUUUCCGCCGCGUCCAUUCACAUCUACAUACAAUAGACCAAACCAAACUGUUCCACCCUCUGCAACUGCCAUUUCUUGUCACUUGAGCCGUUCCCAGUCCGAGUAUUCUGAUUGGUCAGAGCCAGGUGCCGGCGGAAAACACUCAUUAUCUGUCAUUUGUUGUGUUGCACUUGGAAUGUUCCAUUUGCCCCAGCUUGUGGGGGGACCUCAUCUACUUCUCUACGACUCCAGCCCUAUACUGUAUGCCAAGUGACCCCUCUAUGCUGGUCUGCAUGUCACUGCCCAACCGUAACCCUUGUCUGCAGCCUGGGGGGGGGUGCAGCAAUAGACCGCUCUUAGGAUUUCUGUUUGUCCAGAAUGAUUUUGCUUGAUUUGUAGAUCCCACCAGCUGUUGUGCAACUAGAUUCCUUAUUUAUGUCAUGCCCUCCUCCCUCCAGCCCAAUACGGCCAAGCUCAGUACCACACAGGCACUUUCAUCUCUGCACUGCCUGCUCCUCUCAGGAACAAUAAUUAGCCCAUGUCAGGCCAAACACCAACACCCCGUAAAACAAAAAAUGGAAAUUAAACAACAUUUUGGAGAAACA